CGACGCUCGGCGUGUCCAGCCGCUGUGACGCAGUAAACACUGUCUACAUUCAGUGUGGCGGGAUAAACUGUCAGGAUCCACCUCGCGCCUGUCACAUCAAAGCCGGGACACCCCGCACGAGACCGACUGGAAGCUAAUGUGUGUAGAACCAGGAUGUGAGCCGGCUUCAGCAUGGAGGUGUCCGCUGCAGUGAUGUCUGAAGGAGACUGACGUCUGCGUGGAUCCACGUUCAGUUUCAUGAAAGUCAAUGUGAUGGCUCUACCGGCUCUACCAUGAAGUGUGCCCGCUGCCUCCUCCAGCUGCAGCGUCUCAGACCAGCGGGCCAGUCAGCCAGGUCUGCGGCCCAGUAUGGCGCCCUGCCCCAGUCACCCUAUGCCAGUCACAUGCUACAUAACACCCAGCUGCAGGUGUUGAGGCGUUUCCACGGCAGCCCAGCACGUGUCAAGAAUCGACCAGUACCCGCAGAGUUCAUCAAUGAGGACGACAAGAAGAGGGACAAGUCUCUGGUCGCCCACGAUGACCUGUUUGAGCGGGUGGACAAAGAGUCUAGAACCAAGGCCACAUUUAACAAAGUGGUGGACGUCUUCAUAAAGGCGGACGUGAGGCGGCGUGGUCAUGUGGAGUUUAUCUAUGCCGCUCUGAAGAAGAUGCCGGAGUUCGGCGUGGAGAAAGACCUAGUGGUCUACAACAAGCUGCUGGAUGUUUUUCCCAAAGAGGUGUUUGUGCCCAGAAACUUUAUCCAGCGAAUGUUCAACCACUACCCCCGACAGCAGGAGUGUGGAGUGCAGUUACUGGAGCAGAUGGAGACCUAUGGUAUCCUGCCCAACGUAGAGACCAAAGUCCUGCUGGUCCAGAUCUUUGGGGAGAAGAGCCACCCCAUGAGGAAGUAUCAGCGCCUCAUGUACUGGUUCCCCAGAUUUAAACACACAAACCCGUUCCCCAUCCCCCAGCAGCUGCCUGAAGACCCAGUGGACUUGGCUCGCUUCAGUCUGACCCGCAUCGCUAAUGACCUGGACGCUGCGGUCACCGUCUAUCAGCUGCCCUGUACAGACAUCACAGAGAGUGGAGAGCUGCUCACACUUCCACAUAUAGUAGGUAUCCAGGGCCCCAGCCAGAUGGAGCUCCUGGCCAAGCAUAACCCGAGCAGGCCUGUGUUCGUGGAGGGCCCAUUCCCUCUGUGGCUGAGGAAGACCUGUGUGCACUACUACGUCCUCAGAGCUGACCCAUUACCACCUGAAGAGAAGGUAGAGGAGCCCUAUGAUCCUGAGAGGUGUUUAGUCUAUCCUCUGCAGCUAGACCUGGAUUUAGACCGUGACUUCGGGGACGAGGAGAGCUUCGACGUGGAAGACUUGGAUGAGGGUCCAGUCUUUGCCAUGUGUAUGACCAGCCAGGGCGACCAAGCCACCCUCAAUCAGUGGAUCUCUGGCCUCCAGCAGAACAACCCCAUCCUGGGUCAGGUCCCCACUCUAUUCCGCCUAAACGCUGGGCCCAAGGAGCUGCAGGGUGUGGGUGACACAGAGUCAGAGCAUCACCGCAAACCGGAGCAGGAGACCCAGAGAGAGGAGAGGCAACCUGAGGAAGAACCUGAGGUUCUGGAGGAAGAAAGGCCAAGGAGAAGCCAUGGGAUGAAACAGUGAACAGCAGUCAGACUGUGUGCUUAAGACUGAACAUUGGCUGAUUUUAUGUGUCCAUGCUGUGAGGAUGGAUUAGUGUCAUUUGACUAGGGAACACGCCAACUCCAUAAAACCUGAGACGGAGUCUGAAUAAUGUUGGUGAGGUUCAGAAAUCAAUAAAUUAAAUAUAAAAACUGUG